AUGGCUGAGUUUCCCCAGCACCCCUUCCUGCUCUCCGUCGCCGACACGGCCGACGCCCUCGGCACCGAUGUCGACAAGGGCCUCACCUCGGCGCAGGUGGCGCAGAUGCAGGAAAAGUAUCCCUUGAACGAGCUUGAUGUUGGCGGCAGCAUUGCCUGGUACAGCAUCCUGACCAAGCAAAUUCUCAACGCCAUGAUUAUUGUCCUUGUUUUCGCCAUGGCUCUCAGCUUUGGCAUUAAAGAUUACAUCGAGGGCGGUGUCCUCGCAUGUGUCAUUGUCCUCAAUGUCACCAUUGGCUUCUGGCAAGAGUACCGCGCCGAAAAGCGCAUGGAUGCGCUUCGUGCCCUCUCGUCCCCCAGUGCCAUGGUUCUCCGUGACGGCAAGACCCAGGUCAUUUCCAACCCCGAUGUCGUCCCCGGCGACAUUGUCAUCCUCAAGACCGGCGACACAGUCCCCGCCGAUCUCCGCCUCUUCGAAGCCAUGAACCUGGCCUGCGAAGAGGGCCAGCUCACGGGCGAAUCGAUCCCCGUCGAGAAAAUUAUCCAGAAUAACGUAACCGCCCCCGGAAGCGAAAAGCUGGCCACCUCGGAACAGGAGGUUGGCAUCGGCGACCGUGUCAACAUGGCCUACGCCACCACCGUCGUCCGAAAAGGCCGCGGCCGUGGCAUCGUUACCGCUACGGGCAUGAGCACCGAGGUCGGCAAGAUUGCCGCCUCCACCUCCAAGAAGCAGCGCAAGGCCGGCCGCUCUCUGAACUGGCGCAAGUACGGCAAGCGUCAGCCCGUUGUCGGCCUCGCUAAACGUACCUACGACUUGAUUGGCAAGUUUUUGGGCUUGACCGUGGGAACACCUCUCCAGCGAAAGCUGUCAGCUCUUGCCUACGUCCUCUUUGGAUGUGCUAUUAUCCUCGCCAUGGUCGUUUUUGGUGUCAACCACUUCAAUCUUCGCAACGAAGUCAUCAUUUAUGCCACCUCUCUCGGUAUCGCCAUCAUUCCCGAAUCUCUUGUCGCGGUCCUCACAAUUACUAUGGUUGUUGCUGUCACUGUUAUGCGCAAGGCCAACGUCGUCGUGCGCGACCUCUCUGCGCUCGAAGCUCUCGGUGGUGUCACCAACAUUUGCUCCGACAAGACCGGUACCCUUACCGAGGGUGCCAUGAUUGUCCGCAAGGCUUGGAUUCCCAGCAGCCACAUCUACACUGUGCACGACUCGCAGAGCCCCAAUGAUCCGACCAAGGGCCGCGUGACGUAUGCGCUCAACAAGGACGAGCCCGUCACCGAGGCCCCCAAGCGAGACUACGAUCGUGAGCGCAGUGCCGCUGUUCUCAAAUUUGAUGUUCCUGACGAGAAGCUCCAUCCUCCCAAGAGCGAGGCUGAAACCGCCCCCGUCGAGACAGCUUGUGAAAUGACGGAUGAGCUCAAGGCAUUUUUGCUCUCCACCUCUUUGUGCAAUCUGGCCACGGUUCGCUUCGACAAGGAAGAGGAAAAGUGGCAAACGACUGGCGAGCCCACCGAGAUUGCCCUUCAAGUUUUUGCCCACCGUUUCAGCCUCGGAAAGAAGUCACUCGAGGGUCAGGGCUGGAAGCAGCUUGCUGAGUUCCCCUUUGACAGCUCCAUCAAGCGCAUGUCGGUCAUCUAUGAUGCACCCGAGGGUGAGCGUGGUUCCAUUAUUGAGACCAGCAGCAGCAUGGUCUUUACCAAGGGAGCUGUCGAACGCAUCCUGGAUCUCUGUUCGCAUGUGGGAACUGGUGCUGACCAGCAGCCCAUCUCUGACGAACUCAAAGAGACUGUCCUCGAUCAAAUGAACAGUCUCGCCUCCCAGGGUCAGCGCGUUCUUGCUAUCGCGUACCGCGCAUGGGACGGCAAGUUUACCGCCAAGCAAUCGUCCAGCGCCGCCGAGGAUGAGAAGCUCCGUGGUGAAGUGGAACAGGGCCUCACUCUGCUCGGCCUUGCCGGCAUCUACGACCCUCCGCGUCGCGAGACCAAGAGUUCCAUUGCGGAGUGCUCCCAGGCCGGUAUCAAGGUACACAUGCUCACUGGUGACCACCCCGAAACUGCCAAGGCCAUUGCCAAGGAAGUUGGCAUCAUCCCCAAGAACCUGGGCGUCUUGCCCGACUCGGUUGCCAGCUCAAUUGUCCAAAAGGCCACCGACUUUGACAAAAUGACAGACGCCGAGAUUGAUGCAAUGGAAGAACUUCCCCUGGUCAUCGCUCGCUGUGCUCCAGACACCAAGACGCGCAUGAUUGAAGCUCUACGUCGGCGCGGCGCCUUCAUGGCCAUGACUGGCGAUGGCGUCAACGACGCGCCUUCUCUGUCGCGUGCUGAUGUUGGCAUCGCCAUGGGCUCAGGCUCUGAUGUUGCCAAGUCGGCUUCCAAGAUUGUGCUGACCGACGACAAGUUCAACUCCAUCGUCUCGGCCAUUCGUGAGGGUCGUCGCAUGUUUGACAAUAUCCAAAAAUUCAUCCUGCACUUGCUCACGUCCAACGUUGGCGAGGUCAUUCUCCUGGUUGCCGGCCUCGGCUUCGUCGACGUUGAUGGCUUCUCUGUCUUUCCCAUUUCCCCUCUCCACAUCAUCUGGAUUAACAUGGUUACUUCGUCGUUUCCCGCCUUUGGUCUUGGUCGUGAGCCUGCCGCGCAGGACGUCAUGCGCAAACCCCCACAGGACAAGCGUCGCGGUGUGUUUACCAACCAGAUCAUUGUCGACAUGGUCAUCUAUGGCAUCAUGAUGGGCGCCUGCACCAUGGUCACCUUUGUCAUCAUCAUCUACGGCCGAUACGGGGGCGACCUGGGCGCGAACUGCAACACGGCGUAUUCCGAGUCUUGCCGGCCCGUCUUCCGAGCUCGUGCCGCCGUCUUCGCGGAGCUCACCUGGUUGAUUCUCAUUUCGGCUUGGGAAUUCAAAAGCCUUCGCCGUUCCAUGUUCCGCUUGAACCCCGACGAUGACAGCAGUUUCCCCUUCUUCAAGGAUGUCUACAGCAACCGCUUCCUAUUCUGGUCCGUCAUUUGCGGUGCUCUGUCGGUCAUUCCUGUUGUGUACAUCCCGCAGCUGAACACCAAGUUCUUCAAGCACGCCCCCAUUUCUUGGGAGUGGGCGCUGUCAAUUGGCUUCACACUUGUCUUUGUUGCUGGCAUUGAAGGCUGGAAAUUUAUCAAGCGGCACUUUGGGCUGCUUCAGGAUCGUGCCGUGCAGCGCGGUGCCUGGGGCCAGGGAGGGCCAGAUGAGUCGGGAGUCAAGUUCCGCAAGACCAUGUCCGUGUCUAGCUUCAAGACAUGGGCGUCAUUUUCGCGUAAAGACACGGGCGAUACGCUAUCGAAGAGCAACACGCAAAUGUCGGGGGCUAAUAAUAAGAACUCUAGCAUGGUUUAG